CUGAUAUAGACUACAUGUUGAAAUAAACACAAGGUGGCAAACCACAAGCUUCUUUCUAUGUCUAUUAUUACAUCCAUCACGACUAUCUAGGGUUCUACACUAACGCUUCUUCAAAGACAAAUCCCAAGAUGGCGGAAGCUGGAAACGCAGAAGCGCCUCUGGUGAAGAGCAUAUUCGUCUACCCCAUCAAAUCAUGCCAAGGGAUUUCCGUUUCACAAGCUACUCUCACUCCAAAUGGACUGCGGUGGGAUCGGCUGUGGAUGGUUGUGAAUGCGAGAGGCAGGAUGUACACGCAGAGAGUGGAGCCGAAGCUUGCGCUGAUACGAGUUGAAUUGCCGAUUGAAGCGUUUACGCAGGGCUGGGAACCGGAUAGGGCUUCAUUUUUAGUGAUAAAAGCAGAGGGCAUGAGCACUCUGAAGAUUCCGAUGGUUCAGCCUUCUGCAGUGGCUGAUGGUGUAUCGGUGUGGGCGUGGUCUGGCUCUGCCCUUGAUGAAGGAGAGGAGGCUGCGAAAUGGUUCUCUCAGUACCUUGGCAAAACCAGUCGAUUAGUUCGUUUCGAUGAAGCAUCACAAAGCAGGCCUACACUUUCUGAUUAUGUCAGUGGUCAUAACAUCAAAUUUAACGAUUGGUAUCCGUUCCACAUGAUUUCCCAAGGGUCGUUGGAUGCACUGAAUGCUCGUCUUUCAGAGCCUGUUUCAAUCAACAGAUUCAGACCCAACUUCCUUGUAGAUGGAUGCGAACCUUUUUCUGAGGAUUUGUGGAAUGAGGUCAAGAUCGAUGAGUUUGUUUUCAUGGGGGGAGAGCUUUGCUACCGUUGUAAGAUCCCAACGGUUAAUCAAGAAACUGCAGUGAUGGGAUCUGAACCAAACGAGACUCUGAUGAAGUUCCGGUCUGACAGAGUACUGGUUCCUAAUAAAAAGAAGCAUCAAGGAAGGAUUUACAUGGGAAAUAUGAUGGUGUGCAAGAACUACACUCCAGAAACCGGCGAGAGCAAGGCUAUCAAAGUGGGUGAUCCUGUGCAUGUUUUGAAGAUGGUUUCCUCUUAUGUGGAGUGUGUCAUUUAGCAUCUUCCAUUCAAAUCUUUGAACAUCAUAUGAUCCAAAUGUUGUAGCAUUAGCUUUCAAUAUUUCUGCUUCAGUUUCAGCAACUUGUUUUGGUAUUGUAUUGAGAUUUCUAGUAAUCUUUAAUAAAAAUCAAUAAAUAUAUGUAAA